AUGCUUACACAAUUACGAAAGGCCGGAUUAGAUACCAGUGUCAAGAAAAUAUUUGAUACUCCCUCGUUAGCCGCACUAGCUGAAACUAUUGGCAAAUACCAGACAGUCAGUAUUCCACACAAUCUGAUUACGGUCGAUAGCACUGUUAUUACUCCAGAAAUAUUGCCGCUUAUUGAUCUAUCGCAGGAAGAAAUUGAUGUGCUGGUCGAAGUGGUGCCUGGUGGUUUAACCAAUAUUCAAGAUAUUUAUGGACUAGCACCAUUGCAGCAAGGCAUCUUAUUUCACCAUGUGAUGGUCGAACAAGGUGAUCCGUACUUAAUAAAGAGUCAUUUUCAAUUUAGUGAUCGUGCUACACUUGAUAACUAUGGAAUUGCGCUGCAACGAGUGAUUGAACGGCAUGAUAUUCUGCGUACUGCCUUCAUUUGGGAAGGACUCAGUGAACCGGCACAAGUAGUUCUGCAUCGAGUUCCUUCGAUACUCACCAAAGUUUCAUUGGAUGAUAUAGAUGACCAGAACAAUUGUCUAGAACAAUUAAAUGAUCGGUUCAACCCACGUCACUUCCGACUAGAUUUAAAACAAGCACCACUGUUGCGUGUGUUUGCUGCUCAAACGUCUAAAGGAGAUUGGAUAGCGUUGCAGCUGAUGCAUCACAUAAUUGGUGACCAUGUCACCCUACAGAGAGUGCAUGCAGAAGUGCAAGCCAUCAUCAAUGGGCAGAGUUAUCAGUUGGCCACACCCACACCAUUCCGCUGUGUAGUGGCUCAAGCUCGUCUAGGUGUUAGCCAAGGCGAACAUACUCACUUCUUCAGUGAAAUGCUUGCUGACAUCGAUACACCAACCCUACCUUUUGGUCUGAGCGACGUUCAUGAUGAUGGGACUGAGAUCGAUGAAGCGCAUUUGAAGUUACCACAGGAGCUUAAUAAUCAGUUACGGGCGCAUGCACGUCAUUUCCGUGUCAGCUUGGCCAGUCUUUGUCAUUUGGCCUGGGCACAGGUACUUGCCCGAGCCAGCGGAAAUGAAACAGUGGUAUUUGGUACUGUGCUACUUGGUCGAUUACAGUCCGGAGAAGAAAAUGACAGUAUGAUAGGGUUAUUGAUAAACACGCUACCUUUACGGCUGGAUAUCGAUGAUACUACAGUCGAAUACGCUGUACGCAACACUCAUUCGCGUUUGAGUGAUUUACUGUCUCACGAAUAUGCAUCAUUGGCGUUAGCGCAACGCUGUAGUGGAGUGCCAUCUUCAUUACCUCUUUUCAACUCAUUGCUAAACUAUCGCCAUAAAUCUCAGACUGAGUAUGCCAUCGACACACUCGCUGGAGUGAAUAUUGUCGGAAGUGAAGGGCGAACAAAUUACCCAAUAACUUUGUCGGUGGACGACGACAACAAUACACUGAGUCUCAUGGCUAGUAUUGUGUCGCCGUUGUCAGCAUCAAGGAUUUGUGGUUAUAUGCAACAAGCACUGGUCUCACUUUCCAAUGCACUAACACUCACACCACAGAUACCUGUAUGCACAUUGACUGUGAUGCCACUAGAGGAACGAGAGAUGCUGUUGAAUACAUGGAACCAGACGACAGUUAAUUAUCCACCUGUUCGUUGCCUUCACGAGCUAUUUGAAGAACAAGUAAUGCGCGACGGACAUACAAUUGCCGUGGAGUGCAAGGGAGAAACCUUGAGCUAUGCCGAACUCAAUGCUCAAGCAAAUAGAUUGGCUCACUGCCUGAUUGCCAAAGGUGUUAGGCCAGAUGACCGCAUCGCACUUUGUGUUAAGCGUAGCACGAAAAUGGUUGCUGCCCUUCUCGGAAUUCUAAAAGCCGGUGGUGCCAAUGUACCGCUCGAUCUGGCCUACUCCAGUCAACGGCUAACGAAUAUUUUGAAUGACGUCAAUCCAAUGUGUGUAUUAGCAGAUAGCAGUGGCCAGAAAGCACUUGGUAUCCAUCAGGUGCCAGUGCUAGGCUUAGAUAAAGUAUUUCUUGAUGGCCUUUCGGUCGAUAAUCCGGAUCCGAACAAACUGGGGCUCACUUCUUCUCAUUUAGCGUAUGUGAUAUAUACAUCCGGUUCGACUGGAAUACCGAAAGGAGUGAUGAUCGAACACAGGAAUAUAACAAAUCUCCUUUACUGGAGUCAAGAAGCGUUCACAGCCGAAGACUUAGAACAUACCUUGUUUUCAACAUCUAUUGCUUUUGAUGUAUCCGUUUUCGAGUGUUUUGCGCCAUUGUCUGUGGGAAAAAUGAUACAUAUUGUCGAGGAUGCACUCGCGAUUACACAUAAUCCGUCAAAUAUAUCCCUAUUUAAUACAGUGCCUUCUGCAAUGACGGCUAUAUUAAAUGCUGGAACUUUACCAUCUUCGCUCCAUAACCUAAAUUUGGCAGGCGAACCAUUAAAUUCUAACUUAAUCGAACGUAUUUUUACCCAAACGCAAAUUGCAACACUAUCGAAUCUUUAUGGCCCAUCUGAAGCGACAACUUAUUCAACUUGGCACAAGUAUAAACGAGGUGAUGUGAGAAUUGAAACGAUAGGGCGGCCCAUUGCCAAUACCCGCAUUUAUGUGCUGGAUUCACAUAGUGAGCCAGUGCCGUUGGGAGCCGAAGGAGAACUAUAUAUAAGCGGUGCUGGUGUAGCUCGUGGCUAUCUCAAUAGAACUGAACUUACAGCUGAACGAUUUCUACCUGAUCCAUUCAGUGAAAAUCCAAUGGCACGAAUGUACCGAACCGGUGAUCGAGCCCGUUAUAUGCCUGACGGUAAUUUAGUCUAUAUAGGUCGCACUGAUCAACAGAUAAAAAUACGCGGUUUUCGAAUCGAACCUGGUGAAAUCGAAGCCCGCCUCAAUGAGCAUCAUCUGAUACAUGAAGCUGUGGUUUUAUCAUGGAAAAAUCAGCCUGAUUCUGAUGCCCAAUUAGUCGCCUAUGUAGUGGCAGAGGCAGACACAUCGUUGGCUCAGAAUCUACGCAAUUAUCUAGCAUCCUUGCUACCUGAUUACAUGGUGCCGGUGGCUUAUGUUUUUCUAUCGUCUUUACCACUAACACCCAUUGGCAAACUAGACCGACGUGCACUGCCAGCUCCAGAUGAUAAGGCAUUCGUCCGUCAAUCAUAUGAGGCACCGCAAAGCGUAAUGGAACAAAAAUUAGCAACAAUUUGGAGUGAUCUGCUGGAUAUUGAUCGCAUUAGCCGACAUGAUAAUUUCUUUGCGUUAGGUGGCCAUUCUUUGCUGAUUGUACGAAUGCUUUCAGAAUUGCGGAAUAUCGGAUUGGAUACCAGUGUCAGGGAAAUAUUUGAUACUCCCUCGUUAGCCGCACUAGCUGAGACUAUUGGCAAAUACCAGACAUUCAGUAUUCCACCCAAUCUGAUUACCAAAGACAUCACGAUGAUUACUCCAGACGUGUUGCCACUUAUCGAUCUAUCUCAGACAGAGAUUGAUACAUUGGUCAAAGAAGUGACGGGCGGUAUAGCUAAUAUACAAGAUAUUUACGGGUUGGCACCUUUGCAGCAAGGGAUUUUGUUUCAUCAUUUGCUCACCGAACAAGCCGAUCCGUACUUAAUGAUGAGUAGUUUCAAAAUUAGUGAUCGAGUGGUACUGAAUCGUUAUGCAUUCGCUUUACAACAAGUAAUUGAACGACACGAUAUAUUACGCACCGCUUUUAUAUGGGAAGGUCUCAGUGAACCGGCACAAAUCGUCUUGCAUCGAGUUCCAUUCUUACUCACCGAAGUCACGCUGGACGAUACCAAGUCAGUACUAGAGCAGCUUACACAUCGCUACAAUUCUAGUCAAUAUCGAAUGGAUCUCAAACGUGCACCGCUAUUGCGCCUGAUAGCUACACCAACGUGUGGAGGGAACUGGAUUGUAUUGCAAUUGAUGCACCAUAUAAUUGGUGACUACUUUACUAUACAGAAACUAAAUGCAGAAGUGCAAGCCAUUAUCAAUGGACAGAGUGAACAGUUGACCACACCCACACCAUUCCGCCAUGUAGUGGCUCAAGCUCGUUUAGGAGUUAGCCAAGCCAAACACAUGCAGUUUUUUAGAGAAAUGCUUUCGGAUAUUGAUAAACCAACCCUACCAUUUGGUCUGAGCGACGUUCAUGACAACGGAAUUGAGAUCGAUCAUGAGCAAUUGAAGCUAUCACAGGAGCUGAAUAAUCAUUUGCGAGCACUUGCAC